ACGCCGUCGCGCUCCGAAGGCGGCGCGCAUGCGUAACGCAGCAGGACGUUUAAACCGCCGCCGUUUUGAUGAACGGUUUCCUACGCUUCGUCGGGGCCCGCAGGAGGCUGAGGUUCACACGGCCUGUCUGUUUGGAAACAUCGGUUCCAGGUGGAAGAACUGCCGAGAUGCACUUGGCUCUUCUUGUCUCAGGUCCCUGGCCACAGGGUCGGUCUCUCACAUGGCCCUGUGUCAGAGAGGGGGGAGGCCCGGCAUCCGUAGCAGGCGCAUGGGGCUGGAGAAAAGGGACUAUGGAGCAAUGUGACAGUUGUAUUGGGGCUCAGAAAGUGCGAGUCGAGGAGGAGCUGGAGGCAUAUCCCACGGAGUCAGUUGAACUAAGCUGCCAAUUCAUGGAGGCCGAAGGAGGAGGAGGCCGAACCAAGCUCACGCAGGUGUCUUGGAUAUGGGAACCCACCGAUGGCCAAAGGGACAAUAUUGCUGUAUACCACCCAAUCUACGGACAGAGUUUCCCCAACUUGGCUUUCAAAGACCGAGUUGUCUUCCUGUACAACAGUCUGGAGAACCCGUCCAUUAGGAUUUCUGACCUAAGAAUGUCCGAUGCUGGCCGUUAUACCUGUGAGUACGCCACCUAUCCUUCUGGAAACGAACAAGGGACGACCACCCUCAUCAUGCUUGCCAAGCCUAAGAACUCAGCCAAGGUGAUGACAGUCCAGGCCGGCACCAAGUCGGUGGUGGUAGCCGAGUGUGAGGCGGCGGAGGGCAAACCGGCGGCCACCAUCAAGUGGCUGGCGUCGGUCGGAGGCAACCACUCAACCAGCACCACAAAUGGCCCGGACGGGACGGUGACGGUGCGCAGCGAGUAUCGCCUGGUCCCCACGCCGACGGAUAACGGCAGGGAGGUGACCUGCAUGGUCGAGCAGAGGACACAGGAGCAGCCGUGGGUCUACCCUGUUAAGCUCUCUGUGGAGUACCCGCCCUCUGUGUCCAUAGAGGGCUACGACAACAACUGGUACGUUGGCCGUUCAGACGCUGUACUCCUCUGCCUGGCCAACGCCAACCCUGAGCCCACCGCCGUCACCUGGACCGCGGCGUCCGGUUCCUUGCCAGACACGGUGGUGGUGGACGGCAACAAGCUGAUGGUGAGGAAGGUAGACGACGCAGUCAACACCACCUUCACCUGCGAGGUCAAGAACAAGCACGGGGCCAGCAGGCACCAGAUCACCACCAUCGUCAUCGAAGAGAGAAGACAAAUUACUCCGGGCCCCUCGACAGGUGUUGUUAUCGGUAGUAUCCUAGGCAUCCUUGCCUUCAUCAGCAUCAUCAUCGGCACUGUCCUCUUCAUCCGCAAGCGCCAGGAAGACGCAGAGGGCCCUCCCAAGCACAAGCCCCCUCCCCCUGUGAAGGCAGGCAGCUCGACAGAGAUGCUGACAAAGCCAUCGGCGCCUCCCGUGGCCACAGAGACGGCACCUCUCAGCCCAGGAGAGGUUUACUACGAGCCCACAGGGAGAGAGCCUGUCACGAACCUGGAUGAUGAGACCACCGGCGCCUUGAAUGGCGGCGCCCCUCCAGUCCUGGACGAUUCAGCCAGAUACGACCACAUCAACGAACUCAAAGACCACACCGCCGACGGUCACCACGGCAACAACUUGGAUUCGUCCAAUCACGAGCCACCGGCUGCCAACAUCUCCCGCGGCGAGAGCUUUGUAUCUCCCGCCAUAUGCGGAUAAAACAUCAGGCUCCUGUUGCAGCCUUGUACCACAGAGAAAGUAAAAAAUAAAAUCUUUGAAAUUCUAUCAAGGCACUCGUUUUCCAUGCUUGGUAGGGUUCGGAUUGCAUAGAGCUGAUUUUGGUCCCAGGAAGUCCAGAGCCUGAUCAUCAGGCUUUGCAGGCAGCUUCAAUUAAACACUCAAGAUGUUUAGGAGUUCUUAAUAUAUUCCUACAAUAAUUAUUUAAAAAGACAGCCUUCCCCACUCUUGUCCAGGCUACAGUCCAAUAAAGAAACAUUCCACUUUAAUGUGUUGUCAAAGGGCCUCAUCUGUCCCCGGACUGCAGCAACAGGCUGGGCUGCUCGUUAGCACUAAUGAAGGGAAAAAGACAUCGUUUUGAAUCUCCGUAACCUGGCAACAUUACAUGAUUAAGAUCCCAUGAUUGAUAUUUGCUGUUGUUAAUUGCAAGAGUUGGCAAGGCUGUGUGACGGGGAAAUGAAAUUUGAUUCACAACAAAGCACACACACAAAGGGUUCUUACAUGUGCACACACACACACACACACACCAAUGUUUGUAUUCAGUCCUCUAAUAAAUCACACUAUUAGGCUUGAGAAAACAUCAUGAGGAGUGGAUUUUCAGAGUGUAAAACUGCUCUGCACAUAUUAGAAAGAUACUGCCAUUCCAGCCAUUUUAACUGAUUAAAAUGGUCAUAUACUCUGAUAUAUGUAGAGCUCUUUACAAAUAUCGAAAAUGUGCAUUUUGCAUUUCAGCCGACUGUCAAUUUAAAAGCAAAAAAAAAAAAAAGUAAAAACAAGCUAAACAUAGCUAUUCCUGGUUGAAUCAAAAAUUGGUCUUCAUAGAUGUCAGAUGGUACCAAAUGAUGAACAAUGUAAAUAGUAUUGAUAAUAUUGAUGAAUAAUAUAUUGUUGGUGAAAUGUGUACACAUAAAAAAACAAACAAGUAUAGGUGUUAUCAGUGCCUCUGUACAGGGGAUGGAAGUUUGUCAAAUGUCGAUUUGAGCGAUUAAAAAAAAAAAGUGUAUAUUACUAUUUUACUUUUCAUGGGUAAACUGAGGUUGUCACUUAAUACUAAAAUAUUUUAUUUGAGUAUAUAUUAUAAAAUGAAAUGGUGUGGAUUUUACUCCUUGUUCAUAUUACUCUGCAUGGCAUGAUAAGUGGCUUGUUGAAACACUUUUCCCAAGGCUGUUUGCAGAAUAAUCUCUUUCAUUCGUAAAAACAUUUUUGAAUGUCAAAAAAGUAAGCUGUUUUUUUUUUUUUUAAACCUCCGUCUCAAUGCAUCUGUCACAAUCACACACAGACGCCACAAGCACAAGUCCAAUUUCAGUUGAGAGAGUGGGAUUUUUUUUUUUAAAUCUUUAUUUCUAUUUUUUUUUGUGUGCAUGCACCUCAGCGGGCUGCCUGUUUUCAUCUUUAGCGUUGACCCGAAAACGUGGUCGGCAUGCAAUCGUCCUCUCUCACGGCCACAGAGUGCAAUACGUACAGAGAUUCAACCUUCCCCUAUCGCCGCGCUUAAUCUUGAAGCUCUUGCUUGAGACCUUGAGUUACACAAACCUUCCUGAGUUAUCAUGUUGACGGUCGGAUGACAGGCCGGAGCUGACCGCGCCACUUUAAAAUAGCUUACAAGAACACACAUGCAGGUGGCGGAUAAACUGCAGAUUUGUAAACGGUUAUAAACGGGUACAAAAGUUGAAAGUGCUGGCGGAUAUAGAUGAGGCACCUUCAUGGCCAAAUAAACCAGACUGAAUAAGAAGGUAAUGGAAAGGAAAUGUUAGAAAACAGAAAUUUCACAGCGCUGCUUUCACUUUCUGUGAAAUCGGCACCAAAUGCAAUAUCUUAGUUUUUCUGACGCAUGACAAUCAUAUGUUCAUAUUUAACCAUCACUGGCUUUGCUGGAGAGGCUUUUUUUGUUGUUCAUAUGGUUGUAGUUAUUACAGAAGUCCCCCUUUUUGCAGCAUGCUAACUGAGACACUGCUACACCUGUGAGCCAUCCUGAAAGGGCACAUUUAAAAAUUAAAAUUACAGUUUGACUCUUUUGUUGUUCAUAUUGCUGAUUUCUGUUAAAAUCAUCAUCCUAUAACCGACUUGUGGUGUGGAAAUAUUUGGUUCUUUUAUCCAAUGGUGACCUAAGGCAUAAAUUCCACACAAAUGCAGGAUAAAUAGGGACUUCUACAAUAGCUACCAGUGUAAAAUUCUCCUUUGUGUGUCUGCUUUUUGUCUCUGAGAUGUUUAUUUUGAUUAAAGGGAAUGUCUGCAUGCUGCAUGGACCUAUAGGAAUGAAGCAAUUUCCUCGUUUUGCAAGAAGAGUCAUGCCACCAUGACAAGCUUCUGGCUUUUUGGCUCGCUUAUAUGGUGCAGUGUCAGACAAUCACGUAUAAUGUAUUUUAUAGCCCUGCCACUAAACAAAAACUGUCGUAAAGUGGAAUUAAAUGUGAUGGUUUUGCUCUUUUGUCUGUAAAUUAAUUUCCUAAAAAUGAAUGAAUAUUUAGUUUCCUGUGGAUUAAUGUGAUUAAUGAAUUUGCCAGCAGGCCGCUGUUGAUAGAUUGACUAAAAGGAGAGAGACAAUCAUUGGGACCCAUUAUAUCAGAGACCAAUGACUCAGCAAGCAUUCACUUAUGACUUUCAGUUCUGCCGUCUCAUUUGGGGGAUUAUUCAGUUUUACCCAAAGACUUAUACUUAAUAGAGUUGCUUCUUUAUGAGGUAUUUUGAAUUACAAUCUUAACAUCUCCACGAAUACAGUCACAAAGCUGCCUCCUGCAGCAGAAAUGGCAAAGACGUAGCCAAAACUCAAUUUACAGAUUGUGUUCACCCAAUGGCAUGGGUCAACAAUUAUAAGAAGGUUAUUUGGAGAGCAGUGCAGUGACUUCAGAUGGAUCAGCUGUUGGAUGAAGGCUCUGGGUCCAUCCCACGUGUGAGAGCUGCGGCGUUGCAUUUUUGACCGAGGUGCUUUGCCCCGUCUCCCCGCUCCGCGUUAUUGGUUCAGUGCCAGAAACACAAGCUGUGAAUGUCAGCGAUGACGCUGUUCAGUCUGAAUCCUCUCCCUCGUUUGCCCUCUUUCUUUUACUUAUUUUUCCCCUCUCCAUUCUCUCUCAUUCAUCCAUUGUCAUCGCAGCUUUUCAUCACGGAGCCAGACGUGCCUUCUUUAUGUUAUUUUUAGCUUUUCAAUUCUCACAUAUCUUGUCUUACAGUCGAACGGUUGAUGAAAGGGUGAAACACACAAACACAGGACGGGUUUGACAUUGAUAAUGGCAAUGCUACAAAAAAAAAAAAGAAAACCUCACUGGAGAUGCAAUGGUGUUUUAGUGAGUGUUUAUUGAUUUUCUUUCAUUUUCAUUUUCUUUUAUUCUGUUUAUCACAGUUCAGUUAUCAUUUUGUAUGCUUUUUGGGAAACCUAUUGUACAUGUU